AUGCCCGAGUCUGUUGCUAGCCUUAAGAGAGAGAACAUAAACAGUAAGCUUAAAGAUCAACUGUCUGUCAUGGCGGAUGAGAUUGCUAAGAUGAAGGUGAUGCUGCUGGAGCAGUCAAAAAAACCUGCAGCGACUAAUGACGAAGUAGAGCAAAGCUUAGAAUUCAUGAGUAAAGAAUAUGAUGACUUUGAGCGAUUCAGGGUCUCUGCUGGUAAAGACCUUGAUCGCUUAGGUGCCAUGCUUGAUGAGAUUGCUGUUGAAGUUAACAGAGUUUCCAGGAGCAUCGAUGAAUUUCAAGAGUACAGUUAUCAAUAUAAUGUUAAGAUUGUUGGUGUCCCUCAAUUGAGUCAAGAUGAAUCCUCGGCUUCUACGAGUGCGCUAUGUGAAUGUUUAUUUAAGGCAAUUGGAUCCGCUGUCUCAAUUCAUGACAUUGACACAGCCCAUCGAGUCCCAACGAGAAGCAAUGACAAUGGCGGCCCGCGGCCAAUCAUUUGCCGAUUUAUUAGACGAUUGUCAAAAGAUGAUGUCAUGAAUCAUAAAAGAAAUGCAAGUAAAGUUGCCCCAUCUGCUGUUGGUUUACCUGACGAUGCCUCCCUUUCCGCUGUUAGAAUUUUUGACCAUUUAACGCCAAGGAUGCAAAAGGUUUUAUUUGAAGCUAAGAGGUUCAAGGAGCAGUUUCACUAUCAGUAUUGCUGGUCGAAGGGAUCGCUUGUUUAUCUUCGUAAAGAUACCACGUCUCGAGCCAUCAAGAUUAAGGAUAUCACGGACCUGCACCGAUUAACGAAUGGACGUGAAGGCUAAGUAUUCAUGUUGAUGUAGAGUUGUUUGUCUGUUUUUAGAUAAUAAGUAUGAGUGUUAGCAAGAAACGUGUUCGUUGUACAAUUAAAUCUACCCUAAGCGAACUUCCAUACGCGAAUGUUGAAAUUAUUAGA